AUGGCGAAAUCUGAAAAUAUCCCCCGCAGUCCCGCACCCGGCUUCGCAUCCCCAGUUCCCCUCCUCUUGCUCCUGCAAAGAAAUAGCCGCCCCUUCUUCUCAUCUCCCCCUCAGUCCGGCGAGCUCCCCGGCCCUUCCGACAAAACCCCCGGCGACCGCGGCCCAACCCACCCCCGUGCUGCUUCCGCGCCGGCACGCACGCCGCCCGCUCGCCCCGCGCACUCCACCCUACGCUCCGGCCCCGCCCGACCGCUCUUCGCCGCACCUGCUGUAGCCGCCGGCGCGACCGGCCACCACUGGUCGUGGCUGCGCUGCAAAGAAGCUAGGGUUUCCGCCGCGCCGUCGCCUCCGUCGGACUCCGCCUCCCCGUCGCGGACAUCUCGGGCGAAAUGGCUGGAGGGUUGGCCCUCUCCCCUUCGUUAUCGACCAGAUCCGUCAAGCACGUCUCCUGGCGCACGGGAAGCUUCCCAGGAUGGAUUCAGCGUGAGGAUGGAUCCUGCGUCAGGAUGGAUUCGAGAUCGGAUCCAAGGUCAGGUCAAUGAUUUCCUAAUUGACAUGUUUGGAGACAUUAAGAUGUGGGCGUUUAGAGGUUACUUCGAAGGUUACGGGAAAUUUUUGCACGGAUAUCUUUCAGGUGCGGAAUUUGCCCUUGUGCGCAUAGAUCAAUCUUUGCUUGAUAAUGAGGAGUUGGUAAGGGAAGUUUCCGAUUGCAAGAAAAUUGGUGAAGCAUUCUCUUCAGGAUACUUAAUUGCAUGGCCUUCAGCUUUUAUUCGAGAGAAGGAUAAUUGAGUUACGGUUGAAUUCUUGGAUGCGGAAGCAAAUAAAAUCUGAAGAUUUUAUCUACCAAUAAUCGUAGUUUACAUUGAUAGAUUGAAAAAUGUAGUAUGAAUCACAAGAUCUUUUUCUUUCGUCUAGUUGAUGCAAAUUCUAUGGUGUAAUAUUCUUCAUAGUUGUGUUUUCUAUGCUCAAAAUGAUAUGAAUGAUAUCUUUAUUGUAAUGUGUAUGUAUCAUACACUUGUAUAUUCUUAAUCAGUAUCUUCAUAUUGAGGAUUUC